AUGAGCUACUCUCAUAAGUCUCCGUUGCUGAAUCGUCGAUUUAAGGAAUCUGAAAAGGACGGACCCCAGUUCUUUCUAAAAUAUGAAACCUUACAGCCAAGUGGAAGCUUCAAAUCUCGAGGAAUAGGGUAUCUCAUAAACAGUAAAGCAAAAGAAGCUAGAUCCCGCGAUGGAUCGGAUGUUCAUGUGUUCAGCUCUUCUGGUGGGAAUGCCGGUCUAGCGGCUGCCAAUGCUAGCAAGCUGUUAAAUCUCAAUUGCACAGUGGUGGUUCCUGUCACCACCAAAAGGCAUAUGAUUGAUAGAAUCCAGAAUGCAGGUAGUCAAGUCAUCGUUCAUGGCACCCAUUGGGGCAUGGCUGACACUUAUUUGAAAGAGGUAGUCAUGAAAAAGGUUCCUUCAAAUGUAGAACCUCUUUAUGUUCAUCCGUUUGAUGACCCUUUGGUCUGGGAGGGACACUCUUUCAUGAUUGAUGAAAUUGUGGAACAAUUGCAAGAGCAGGGACGCUCUAUGCGAGACGUGAAGGGCAUUAUCUGCAGCGUGGGAGGAGGUGGACUAUACAAUGGUAUCGUAGGUGGUUUGGAGCGCCACGGAUAUGCUGGCAAGAUCCCAAUCAUUGCUGUCGAAACCGUCGGCGCAGACGCACUAGCUAAGUCGUUGGCGGCAGGAAAACCGGUGAGAUUGACUGAAGUAACAAGUAUUGCUUCCUCUCUGGGCUCGCCAUAUAUUGCUCAGGACUCAUUUGAAAAGGCUAUAAGAUACAAGACAAGGUCCUUUGUUCAGACGGAUGAGGAAGCUGUACGGACAAGCCUUAGAUUUUUUCAAGAAACUAACAUUCUAGUAGAACCCGCUUGUGCAGCAUCAGUUUCUCUUUGUUAUCAUGUCGAUGAGUUAAACAAGUUGCUAAGUUGCAAAUUGAGCUCAAAGGACAUAGUGAUUGUAAUUGUAUGUGGUGGUUCUGCCACGACUAUUUCCGACCUCGAGAUGCUCCAAAGACGAUACAAUCCGAAACUCUAA